UAACAAUAUAUAAAUUAAAUUUAAUAGCACUAAAUAUGGAGUCUGAAGAGCUUUCGGCAAUUGACAUUGUCACAUUUGUUACUGAAGAGCUGCAGGAAAGCUAUCGCAAGUCCGAUGCAGACAAAACAAAAGUGUUUCAAGACUUUCUUGGGCGUUGGCAUUGGGACAAGGAAGAAAAUUCAUUGGCAAAAGUGAAAGCGUUGCAAUUCGAGUUCCAACCUGAUCUGGAUUGGUUUAAUGUCAGUCGACCGUUGACGCUAGCUGGACUGCGUGGGAAAAUUGUUGUGCUGGAUUUCUUCACAUAUUGCUGCAUCAAUUGCAUGCAUGUGUUGCCCGAGCUGCGUGCCUUGGAAGAACGAUUUCCAGUUGAGAGUGGACUUGUUGUCGUCGGCGUACACAGUCCGAAGUUUGAAAAUGAACGUACGGCAGCAAACAUUUUGUCUGCAGCACAGCGGUAUGGAAUUCAGCAUCCUAUAGUAAACGAUUCAAGGUCUGCACUGUGGCGAUCUCUGGGCAUACGUUGUUGGCCCUCAAUUUUGGUCCUAAAUCCAGACGGCGUUCCAAUGUUAUUGCUAAUGGGAGAGGGACACGGUGGAUUUCUCGAAGAAUUCGUUGGCGCAGCACUAAAAUAUUAUGGGCAUCAGCAAAAAAUUGACCAUACAAGUUUGCCGUUGCAACUGUCAACGGAUCUACAACCGGCGUCGAACUUACGCUUUCCAGCGAAAAUUGCCCGCUCUACCGGCCGCUAUGCUAUCGCCGAUGCUGGCAAUAACCGUGUGCUCGUAGUCACUACAUUAGGAGUUGUGGAGCAUAAGAUUGGUGGUCUGGACGCCGGGUUUGUUGACGGCAGCUUGACAGCGGCGCGUUUCAACAACCCACAGGGAGUUGCAUUUCUUGACGAGCAAACCCUAAUUGUGGCCGAUACGGAUAAUCACGCGCUGCGCCAAAUAUCACUUAAGGAUGAAGUUGUGGAGACAUUGGCUGGAACUGGACAUCAAGGUCACGAUCGCACUGGUGGGCGUCUAGGCCCACUGCAACCUUUAUCAUCGCCUUGGGAUGUGGCCGUUUUCCACACACGUGACAUGGAUAUGUCCUUUCACCUUGACGAACUUAAUGUACCUGCCAAAACUAUUGUAUUAAUCGCCAUGGCUGGCACUCAUCAGAUUUGGGGAUACUUUCCCGAAGGUAUUAUCUGGUGGAAGUUUCGCAAAUUCGAACCGCGUUGUUGCGUUUCAUUAAUUGGCAAUGGCCUUGAAGAAAAUCGCAACAACUCGUAUCCUCAAAAUGCCGCCUUUGCUCAACCCUCAGGUUUGGCCAUGUCGAGCGAUUGUCUGUUUAUAGCGGACAGUGAAAGCUCAAGCAUACGAAAGGCUUCCCUCGUCGACGGGAAAGUAAUGCCGGUAGUCGGUGGAGAUCGAAAUCCAUUAAAUCUGUUUGCGUUUGGUGAUGAGGAUGGCAAGCUGUACAAUGCAAAACUUCAACAUCCAUUGGGUGUGGCUUAUAAUCAUGUGGAUAAUAGAGUUUAUGUGGCUGACACAUAUAAUCACAAAAUCAAAGUAAUUGACACUGAUACCAAUACGAUUUCAACUUUGGUUCUUAAGAACCAAGAUAACAGCGUUUUAGCGUUGAGAGAACCAUCGGGACUUUGCUUAGAUGAUAGCGGUAGUAAUUUAUUAGUGUCGGAUACAAAUAAUCACACCAUAUAUAAAGUUGAUUUGGGCACUAAUAUAGCGCAACGAUUCGCGCUAGACUUUAAGCAAAUUUCCUCCGCCAGCGAAACCGAUGCACCAUCUAAGGAAGUUCGCAUGCAGCUGGUGAAGCAUUUGCCUUUACUAGAAGCUAAAAAUUGUAGCAUCAAUUUUAUUGUAAAGACUUCGGCUGAGCUGAAGUUUACAUCAGAUGCACCACAAAAAUGGAAGAUUAAAAGCACAAGUCCCAAUUUGGAGUUUACGGAUGCAUCUGGAAACUUAACGGAUGGCAAGUGCAGCUUAAAAUUAUAUAAAAAAGAAAAUCUGCCAUCAAAUGUAUUUGCGGAAACAGACCAAACUGAAUUGCUAAUUGAAUUCUCAUUAAAUCUAUGCGAUGCCAAAACCUGCAUGAUCAAAAGAUUUAACGUUACAAUUGUUAACGAAAAUACAGUGGCCUGCAAUGACGAUGCUCGUACAAUGGAUGUUAAUGUGCACAUAGAUCGCUCUAACAUAACUUUGUGAUUGUAGAUACUUGUGCACAAACAAAUUUUGUCUUUAUUCUUUGAGGUACUAUGUUUAAUUUACGUUG